CACCAUAAAAACAACACACCAUGCGUAAAUUCAAAAAUCUAAUUUUUUCCUUUUUCCUGGUGAUAUGUUGUGUCCACCAGUGUCUUACUCAUGAUUCAACUUUCCAAAAUGCCACAGUCUAUUGCAACAGCUGCAAAUACGUUUACGUCACAGGAAUAGUUCGCACAAUCUACGAAAACGCUUAUAUCGAUGGCCAGCAAAACCCCAACAGACUCAACUUCACGCAAGUCGGAUUAGAGGAAAUACAAUUUGGUGCGUUUACAAAUUUUUCAAACUUAGAAACACUGAUACUAAACAGCAACAAUGUCAAAGAAAUUAGAAGUGGCGUUUUCCGAAACCUUCCCUUGGUCAACUUGUUUUUAUAUAACAACCAAAUUUCGACUGUACACGAGCGGGCUUUUUGCAAUUUGACGUCUCUGAGAGUGCUGUCCUUGGGGAAAAAUAUCUUGAAGAAGAUCCCAAAGGGAAUUUUCGAAAAUGUCGCACUUUGGGAGUUGCACUUGGGACAAAACAGGAUCGAGGAAAUAGACGUCGGAGCGUUUGCAAAUCUUCCAAAUUUGAAAGUGCUAAAUGUAAACGACAACAACCUUAAAGUAAUUAAAAGUGGUAUUUUCAACAACCUUCCAGUGGAGAAAUUGUUUUUAAAUAACAACACAAUUUCGACUCUGGAGGAACGAGCUUUUUACAAUUUGACGUCGCUGCAAAUGUUGUCUCUGGAGAACAAUAAAUUGAAGAAAAUCCAGACGGCAGUGUUUGAAAAUGUCGCAGUUUUGGAGUUGCAGUUGGGACACAACAGCAUUGAGGAAAUCGAAGACGGGACAAACCUUACAAAUUUGAAAGUACUAAUCAUGAACAACAACAAUCUUAAAGAAAUUGAAAGUCGAAUUUUUGGAAACCUUCCAGUGGUUAGCUUGUUUUUAAACAACAACUCGAUUUCGACUCUUGAGGGAGCUUCUCACAAUUUAAAGUUCCUGCAGACGCUGUCUCUGGAAAGCAAUAAUUUGAAGACAAUCCCGAAGGGAAUUUUCGAAAAUGUCACACUUCGGAAGUUGUACUUGGGACAGAACAGGAUUGAGAAAAUUAAUCCAGAAGAUUUCAGUUCAGCGCAUCUGGUCACUUUAAAUUUGGACAAGAAUUUGAUUUCGAAAAUUCGUCCAGGCGAUCUGGCGAAUUUACCUACCCUACGUGAUUUGCGCAUAUCUGGAAACAGGCUAAAGUUUAUUCCAAACGGUGUAUUCAACGGGUCGGCGAUUGAAAAUCUGGACAUCAGUCAUAACCAGAUUUCUGGGAUUGAAAGUCAAGCUUUUGACGGCAUGGAACGUUUACUCAAAAUGAAGAUGGGUUACAAUAAAUUGAAGAUUUGGGACGGCAACUGGUUCAGAGGUUCGUGGUCCUCUGAUUGGACUCCGACGUUCAGAGAAAUUUACGCCGAGUAUAACGACUUUGAGGAAAUUCCGGGAAACGCGUUCCAGAAUUUUGAGAACAACACUUUUAUUAUUGAUUUGAAGUGGAACAAAAUUAAGAAGAUUCAUGAUGGGGCUUUCAAUGGAAUUACAUAUCUACAAAAUCUAGACCUAUCUCAUAAUGAAAUAAGUGAAUGGGGUGAUCUGUUAGACCACAUGAAAAUUGUAGGAACUGUAAAUGUGGAUGAUAAUAAGUUUGAUUGUAUUGUGUUUCGUUACAUAAUCGUUCCUCACUUAAAACUGGUACCAAUACACCCAUGUGUAGAUAUGGGGCGUUGUGGCAACAAUUACUGAAACCCAGAUGUCAAAAACUUUAUGAUAAUUUGUAAUUUGUGUAAAAUUAAUUUUUCAGAAGUCGUUAGGUUUUUGGAUAAGUAUUGUCCUUUAUAAGGUCAACAUGAAGACAGAUGAGAAAA